AUGCAGGCCAGCCCGGUGUACGUGCAGGGAGGGGGCUACGUCCAGGAGCCCAUGGGGGGGUCCGGGCCCUCCAUGUACGCUCUCAACCACCUGGGCCCCACGCCCCCCCUCCACCAGACCAUGGACUAUAACGGAGCGGGGCCCAUGGCCAACCAGCACCAUGUGGGCGGGGCCUGUGACCCCCCCACACACGCUACCUACACCGAGCUGUCGGCGCACCACUCCUCUCAGGGCAGAAUCCAGGAAGCACCCAAACUCACGCACCUGUAG